AUGCCUCUUGUUACUAUGGAUAUGAACUUGAACGUCUCUUUAAAGAAAGCUGGAAUUACUCCCAAUAUUGUCCCCGAGGAUUUCACUCCUUCUACUCUGGUCAGUGCCACUUACGCUAACGGUGAAGAUGUUGCUUUGGGUAACUUUAUUAAGCCUUCAGAAUCCGCUGAUACUCCCAAAGUGACAUUUAUUGCUCCUGAUGAAACUGCAGAAUAUACUCUUUUAGUGGUUGAUCCUGAUGCUCCUACUAAGGAAGAUCCCAAGUGGGGUCCUUAUCGUCAUUGGGUUAUUACAAACAUUCCUGCUUCUGGUGAUUUCAGUAAAGGUAAUGCCUUGGCGCCUUAUAAUGGUCCUGCUCCUCCACCCAAGACUCGCGAUCAUCGUUACAUCUUUUUGCUUUACAAGCAACCCAGAACUCAAGCAGACUUCGGUACUUUAGCUAAAGAGAGCAACAACUGGGAUUUCAAAGCCUUCGCUAACCAACAUAAUCUUGAAUUGAUUGGCGUUAACUUUUUCAUUUCUCGUAAUGAUGAUAACUAA